AUGCCUCGUAUACUCCUGAUGCUCUGCUCUGUGUUUCUUUUACCCAUGGAGGAGUCCUGUACGACGUUAUGGCCGGCCACCAGAAAAACCAAGGAGAAGGUGACUGUCAGGCCACAUGGAGUAUGUGACGGUGUCUGUGUGGAUAAUGACCAUUGCCUUCAGCCUUGCCCUCCAGGCACUGAGGGCAGUAUGGGGUUUACCUGUCGGACAAAGAAAUGGCACAAGAUCAAUGACACCUGCCACACUCUUGAUGCUUUCAACAUCUUUGAGGAGAAUUCAUAUUCAGUAGGUCCAUUUCGAGAAAAUACGCAUGUACACGUAUAUGCUAAGAAGUCUGAGACCAUAGCAGGUGAGCUGAUGCGAAGGUGUCCAGCGGACUUGUCUUGUGCCAUUAAAAACAUCCAACGCUCCCCCCGGAUUCCGGGGAACCUCGCUGUCAUCGUGCAGCUCCUGUACAACAUCUCAGCAGCUCUGACGCGGCACGUGGAUGAGGCCAAGAUGCAGAGUUACAGCGCUAUGGCCAACCACAUUCUGAACAGCAAAAGCGUAUCGAAUUGGACCUUCAUCCCAGACAGAAACAGCAGCUGCGUCCUGCUCCAUUCCAUCAACUCGUUUGCGGGAAAGCUGUUGGUGAACCAACGUCCCAUCAACAUAUCGCAUGUCUUCAUUCACACCAUGGGCGCCAUCGUGUCUGGAGAUCACCCUGAAAGGAAUUUCACCUUCUCAAUGCGAGUCAGUGACGCCAGUGGCUUCAUCUCCGGAAGGGUGCUGCUCGGCGUAGAGGAACUUCGGAGGGUGCCUUCUCCGUCUCAGGCUGUCAGCAUUGCGUUGCCAACUCUUGGGGCUAUCCUGGAAGCCAGUCUUUUGGAAAACACCACUGUGAACGGGCUUGUCCUGUCUGUCAUUUUGCCCAAGGAGCUUAAAAGAAUCUCCCUGAUUUUUGAAAAGAUCAGCAAGUCAGAAGAGACGAAGUCACAGUGUGUUGGCUGGCACGCCCUGGAGAGCAGAUGGGACCGGGGGCCCUGUCAAAUGCUCCAAGAAGACUCGCAGCAAGCUGCCUGCAAAUGUCGGCCGAGCCAAUUGUUCACCUCUUUCUCCAUUCUUAUGUCCCCCAACACCCUAGCAAGCCCGACUCUGGUUUAUAUCACGUACAUAGGCCUGGGCAUUUCCAUCUGCAGUCUGGUCAUUUGUUUGACCAUCGAGGCCGUGGUCUGGAGUCAGGUGACGAAGACAGAGAUCUCCUAUUUGCGUCACCUGUGCAUCGCUAACAUUGCAGCCACCUUGCUGAUGGCCGACGUGUGGUUCAUUGUGGCUUCCUUUCUCAGUGGCUCACUGACACACCACGACGGAUGUGUGGCGGCCACAUUUUUUGUUCAUUUCUUUUACCUUUCUGUGUUUUUCUGGAUGCUCGCCAAGGCACUCCUCAUCCUCUAUGGAAUUCUCAUUGUUUUCCACACAUUGCCCAAGUCGUUCCUGGUGGCCUCUCUCUUUUCAGUGGGCUACGGGUGCCCUCUGGUCAUUGCUUUCAUCACGGUCGCUGUCACUGAGCCCAGAAAAGGCUACCUACGGCCUGAGGCUUGCUGGCUUAACUGGGACUUGACCAAGGCCCUCUUGGCCUUUGUGGUCCCAGCUCUGGCCAUCGUGGUAGUGAACCUGGUCACGGUCACACUGGUUGUCAUCAGGACGCAGAGAGUUGCCGUAGGCAGUUCCAUGUUCCAGGAAGUGAGAGCCAUCGUGAGGAUCUGUAAGAACAUUGCCAUCCUCACACCGCUGCUCGGGCUGACCUGGGGAUUUGGCAUAGCCACGGUCAUCGAUGGUCACUCCAUGGCUUUCCACAUUACCUUCUCCUUGCUUAAUGCAUUCCAGGGUUUCUUCAUCCUGGUGUUUGGAACGAUCCUGGACCCAAAGAUAAGAGAAGCCUUAAAGGAGCGAGUCAACUCUGUGAAGUGGGUCUCAAGGAUAUCAGAGUGUGCCUCUGGGGCUAAGAACUCUGGUAUUUGUGCUCCGCUGCCCCAUUGUGAUUAG